AUGCAACACGUUUUGAUGAAUUUUCUCACAAUUUUGUUCACAGCACUCAAAUGUGCUUCAGCACUAGUAAUUACUUGCCAUCAUCAGCAUUUUGUGUACACAGUCAAUGAAACUCAAUCGUUUUCCGGUCACAUGUGUCUUGUGAUGAAUAAAAUUGAGACUAAAUCUCGCGGAACUGAAAUAACAAAAGUUGAAAUUGGAAAAACUUCAGAAUUUCUUAAACACAGUUUUUUAAAUGCUUUGAAGAACAUUUCGGAAUUUAAAGGAUUUGAUGUACUUGACAGUUCAUUGCCAUACCUUCCAACUGGAAUUGACAAAUUUUUUCCAAAUUUAGUUGAUUUUGCUGUCAUAAGUUGUGGAUUGAAGGAGAUUAAACAGUCAGACUUGAAAGGAUUUCCUAAUUUACUGCAAUUGUCACUUAAAUAUAAUGCUUUGGAAGUGCUCGAAAAAGAUUUAUUCAAAUUUAAUUCUAAGCUUAAAAGGAUAUAUCUUGAACUUAAUUUAAUUAAAGAAAUUGAUGGAAAUUUAUUUGAUAAUUUGAUGAACUUACGAUAUUUGAGUUUAGAAGGCAAUGAAUGCAUAUCAAGCACUAGCUUUUUCAGAAAGGAUGUCGAGAAGCAAAUCCAAGUGAUUAGAGAAAAAUGCACUAAAACAGAAGCAGUAAUAGAACCAAAAGAUCUUAAUCACAAUAAUGAGAAAAAGCAAGAAAAUGAUUUUUUGAUUUUUGUUGGAUGUGGAGUUGUUUUGGGCACCAUAGGAGUUGCUUUUGUUCUAAAAUUAGUUUUGAUUGUUAAAAUUAAAUUGAGGAAUUAA